CUUCCUCUUCCCAAUCCCCAUUUGAAUUUUUCCUCCUCCUCCCUCUCAGCCACUAUGGGCGUCGCUUCCGUCAUCCACGCCGGCGUCCACAUCCCCCUCAAUUUCAACUCCGACCUUCCCAGAGUCUCUUCACUCUCCCCAGCCCCCAAGUGCAGCAGACCUAACUCCAUUCACCACCUCGCUCUCCGCCUCCGUACAGUUUGGCAGUCCGUGCCAAUUGUGUGCGCUAGAGCCACUGAGCAGGACGAUGAUGUUUCCACUUCAGAAAGUGAGAGGAUUGAUUCUCAGUCAUAUGAUGGCAAUAGUAAUGUGGACGGUUCUCAUACUUCUACUCCGGAUAAAUCGAAGGGAGCUGAAGCUUAUGUUACUUCUGUAAGAACGGUAGCUUUUUGGGUGUGUGCUGCGGUUGCAUUUGGAGUUGGUGUGGGUUUUAAAGACGGCGUUGGCAAGGCGACUGAGUUUUUCGCGGGGUACUUAUUGGAGCAAAGCUUGUCAGUGGACAAUCUCUUUGUGUUUGUUCUGAUUUUCAAGUACUUCAAAGUUCCCCUUACGUUACAGGGUCGUGUUCUUUCAUACGGUAUUGAUGGUGCGAUCAUCUUUAGGUUGGUACUGAUACUCCUCGGAGCAGUUACACUUCAGAGGCUUGAGGCAGUAAAUCUUUUCCUUGCUGCUAUACUACUUUACUCUUCCUUCAAGUUAUUUUCCACUGAAGAAGAUGACACUGAUCUAUCUGACAACUUUGUUGUCAAGACAUGCCAGAAAUUCAUCCCAGUCACUGCUAGUUAUGAUAGCGAUCAAUUUUUUACAAUUCAAGAGGGUGUGCGUAAGGCCACACCUUUGCUUCUCACGGUAGCAGUUAUUGAGCUCAGAAAUAUAGCAUUCACUGUCGACUCCAUACCAGCAGUUUUUGGCAUUACGCAAGAUCCUUUCAUAGUUUUCUCUUCUAAUUUUUUUGCAAUUGUAGGUUUAAGGUCACUUUACACACUCAUUUCUGAAGGUAUGGCUGACUUGGAGUAUUUACAGCCGGAAAUUGGUGUUGUUCUGGGCUUUAUUGGGUGUAAAAUGAUCCUGGAUUAUUUCGGGUUCCACAUAUCAACGGAGGUGUCUCUUGGUUUUGUAGCUACAAGUCUUAGUGCUGGGGUGCUAUUAAGUCUAAUGAAGAAAUCUGACUAGCUCAAUAAGUAAUUCAAGCUCAAAGCAGUAUAAGUAAUACAUCGAUGGGAAACAUGUGAGGCAGAAGCUCGAAGGAAGUCUUUGCCGUGGAGUGAUGCAGCACUGAAAAAGUCCUCUUCAUUCAACAAGGCUGUAUCAUCAAUUGAUUACUCAUAAGCUGACUGAGGUCUGAAAAGAAAUUGGCUCUCAUUUGCUUGUAGUGAGAAAUAAAGGAAUGGGAAAAAAAUCCCUUAGCUUCAUGUGUAUAGUAGCAAUUUAUACAGUAUUUUUUAUCAAAAAAAUAAAAUAAAAUGAUACAACUUCAAUGGCAGCAA